AAGCGUAUUCCUAAAGCCUGAGAAUUUCAACGCUUUGAUCCUCUUUGUCACGAAAAACAAGAUGCCAAGUUCAGUUUAGGCCAUUGGUCUGUAUCAUCAUCACUCACACCAUCUUUCUCUCAAAAAUUGCAUCACCAAAAUCCCAACAAACUUCUCUUUCCCCUUUUCUGCUACAACUACAACCUUUCUUUAAUCUGUACUAUCUUGUAACAAUUCAAUUCAAACCCCUCUCUCUCUCUCUCUCUGGUGAGUUUUAGAAUGAAGCAAGUGAAGCAGAAUGAACAUCAUCAUCAUUGUCUCCCUCAAAGUUUUUCACACCCCAUGUUAAUGUCUCUUCAAAGUUGAGAACUUUAUCCAAAAGGGGUUCAAGAAAACCAAAAAAGGAGUCAUAAAACAAAAAUGCGUGGAUUGAAGCUAAGUGAACGAUUCAAGAGCACUCAAGUACAUGCUCUUAGUUCUUCAUCAGAAAAAGCCAAUGGUGGUGGUGGUAGCACUAGCACUAGCACCUGCAACAACAACAAAGCUUCCAACAAAGCUUCAUCAAUGGCUUCCACCAAAUCCAACAACAACAAUAACAGUAAACACAGAACAAAGUUACCAUAUUCUUGGUCAAAGCUGAAAUCCAUCACCACCACCACCGCCACCAACAACAACAACAACACACCUUCAGCUAUUUCAAACCUUGUUGCAUCUCUUCAGCUUCCUUCAACUGAAACCAUUGAGCCAACCAUAGAACCUUUUCUUAAGCCAAUUAACCUCAUAGAUUCCUUAGCAGAACUCUAUAACAGAAUGGAGUGUUCUUCUUCUUGUUCACCAUCACAGCCACAGAAAGAAGCAAUGUUGUUGUUGUAUGUGGAACAGUACUCGCUUUUGCGUGGAAUUGGAGACCAGAAGAUACUGAGAAGGUGUCUGAGAAUGGCGCGAGAGAACGCAGAAGAUGUGAUCUCAAAGGUUGUAACUUCGGCAUGGUUGAGAUUUGAGAGAAGAGAUGAUGAGCUUGUUGGUUUGUCUCCAAUGGAGUGUGGUGGUUAUGUUCUUGAAUGUCCUAAGAAGAAUCUAGAACAUGGGUUAAGUAAUAGGCUUUUUUCAGUCAAUGAUAAGUGCCAGUGUCAUAAAGAUUCAUCAAAACAAGAUAAUUUCACUGAGAUUGAGAAUGUGAAUGCCAAUGUUUGUUUGGAAACUGAGAAAAGUGAUGUUUUAUUUUGUGUUGGGAAUGAGGGAAUUGGGUGUGUUAGGUGCAAAAUUGCGGCACUUUCAGAACCAUUUGGAGCAAUGCUCUAUGGUGGAUUUUCGGAGGCAAAGAUGAAGAAGAUUGAGUUCUCAGGGAAUGGGAUUUGCUCUGAGGGAAUGAGGGCAUUGGAAUUUUACAGCAGGACAAAAAGGUUGGAACUUUUUUCUCCCAUGAUUGUUUUGGAGCUUCUUUCUUUUGCUAAUAGGUUUUGUUGUGAGGAUUUGAAGUGUGAUUGUGAUGCUUAUUUGGCUUCAAUUGUUUGGACUAUUGAUGAAGCUUUGAUUCUUAUUGAGUAUGGAAUUGAAGAGAGGGCUAAACUUCUUGUAGGUUCAUGCUUGCAAGUUUUGCUUAGGGAGCUUCCUAAUUCUCUACAUAAUUCAAAGGUUGUUAAGGUUUUUUGUAGCUACGAGGCGAAGGCGAGGUUGGCCAUGGUGGGGUAUGAUUCUUUCUUGUUGUACUAUUUCCUAAGCCAGGUUGCCAUGGAGGAAAGCAUGAUUUCCAAAACAACAGUGAUGUUGCUGGAGAGAAUGAGGGAGUGUGCUAGCGAGAGAUGGCAGAAGGCACUUGCUUUCCAUCAAUUGGGGUGUGUUUUGCUUGAAAGGAAAGAGUAUAAGGAUGCACAACGUUGUUUCGAGGCUGCGGUUGAGGCAGGGCAUGUUUAUUCUAUGGCUGGUGUGGCCAGGACCAAGUACAAGCUAGGCCAACCGUAUUCGGCCUACAAGUUAAUUAGUUCUCUCAUAUUCAGCCAUAAGCGAGCCGGGUGGAUGUAUCAGGAGCGUUCUCUCUACAAUAUGGGAAAGGAAAAGAGUCUAGAUUUGGAUGUAGCAACUGAAUUAGACCCUUCGCUUUCGUUUCCAUAUAAGUAUAGAGCCUUGGCAAAGGUUGAGGAGAGGCAGACAAAGGAAGGAAUCAUGGAGCUAGAUAAGUUCAUUGGAUUCAAGCUCUCCCCGGAUUGCCUAGAAUUGAGGGCUUGGUUGUACAUUUCUCUGGGGGAUCAUGAUAGCGCCAUUCGAGAUAUUCGAGCAUUGUUAACUAUAGAACCGAAUUACAUAACUUCACAUGGGAAGAUCAAUGCAGAAUACUUGCUCCAACUUUUGAGCCGCAGAGUUCAGCAGAAGAGUCAAGGUGAUUGCUGGAUGCAAUUGUAUGAUCAAUGGUCUUCUGUUGAUGAUGUUGGUUCUUUGGCGAUUAUCCAUCAGAUGCUAGAGAAUGAUCCCGGGAAGAGCUUGCUAGAGUUUCGUCAGUCUCUACUCCUCUUGAGGUUAAACUGUCAAAAGGCCGCAAUGCGCAGUUUGCGGUUGGCAAGAAAUCACUCUAGCUCAAUGCAAGAAAGGCUAAUAUAUGAAGGAUGGAUACUAUAUGACACCGGCUAUCGCGAAGAAGCUCUUGCAAGGGCUGACAGAUCCAUUGAAAUUCAGAGAUCAUUUGAAGCGUUUUUUCUGAAAGCAUAUGUGUUGGCAGAUUCUAAUUUGGAUCCUGAAUCUGCUUCCUAUGUUAUCCAACUUCUUCAAGAAGCACUUAAAUGUCCUUCAGACGGUCUUCGCAAAGGACAAGCAUUGAACAACCUAGGGAGUAUUUAUGUGGAUUCCGGUAAGCUAGAACUUGCAAGAGAAUGUUACAGUAAUGCCCUUGCAAUUAGGCACACAAGAGCUCAUCAAGGUCUAGCACGCGUUUAUCAGCAGAAGAAUCAACGAAAAGCUGCUUACGACGAAAUGACCAAGCUAAUCGAGAAGGCGGAGAGCAAUGCUUCAGCAUAUGAGAAACGGUCAGAAUAUUGUGACCGCGAGAUGGCAAAGGCUGAUCUUGAUGUUGCAACUCAGAUGGAUCCUUUAAGGACAUAUCCAUAUAGAUACAGAGCAGCAGUGAUGAUGGAUGAGCAAAGAGAAAAUGAAGCUGUGGAAGAACUUAGCAAAGUCAUAAAUUUCAAGCCUGACCUGCAAGUGCUUCAUCUUCGAGCUGCAUUUUACGAGUCGAUGGGAGACCUAUCCUCUGCUCUUCAGGAUUGUCAAGCAGCUCUUUGCUUAGACCCGAACCAUGCAGACACACUGGAGUUGUAUCGAAGGACACAAAAGCUGAAAUCUUGAUACUAAACUCCGUCCGAAUCGAAGUGAUAAAAUGUGGAGUUCCCAAGUGACUGAAUGUUUUCCCUCAGAAGUCUGAAAAAUCCUGCAUGAACCAUCUAAAAUGGGAGGACAUGGAUUAUGGAAUCACAAUGCAAGAAACAAAAAUUGUUUGCAUAGUGAAAUUGGAGGAUGAUUCAGGUGUAAAUUAGGAUGAUUUUUUGAGUGGUUACUCCAUUGAUUUUGAUAUGUGAUAUGUGCACAGAAUUUGUCUCAUACUAUUUGCACAUCCUCUUGUACAGUUACAGAGUUAUAAAGAGAUCCACACCUGUUGUUUCCUCUCUAUAAUUUAUUAUUCUGUCCUGAAUUGUUUUGCCAAAAAUGGAAAAGACAGAACAAAUAAUUAAUAACUUGUCCUAAGAUUUCAUGUCUGGGAAAAGUAAGAUACAUGCACAU